AUGGCACAAGAUUUUAAAAUUGCUCGUCCAUUAGAAUACUACAAAGAGUUUCUUAAAGAAAAUAUUCGACCUGACGGACGUGCAUUAGAUGAAUAUAGAAAAACUAUUGUUAAUAUAAAUUCCAUCAAAACAGCUUCAGGUUCAGGAUUGGUAAGAAUAGGAAACACAAUUGUUGUAUGUGGCAUAAAAGCUGAGCUUGCUGAACCAUCUGUAGAAAAAACUAAUGAAGGAUAUUUUGGUAUUAUAUUACCAAAUGUUGAUCUACCAGCGCUAUGUUCCCAUGAGUUUCGUCCAGGUCCUCCAAGCGAUCAGGCUCAAGCUAUGAGUCAACUUGUUGCUGAAACUGUAGAAAACUGCAAACUAAUAAAUCUCAAGAAACUUUGCAUCAAAGAAAAAAAGCUAUGCUGGGUUAUAUAUGCUGACAUUAUUUGUAUUAGCCAUGAUGGCAACUUGAUUGAUGCCAUUAUUGCAUCUUUAUAUAUUGCACUUCUAAACACAAAAUUGCCUGUUGUUACAAUCAAUGAAGAAACUGGUUCACCUGAAGCAUCACCAACAGAACAAUUUACUUUAGAACUUACUACAAGAUUAAGUUCUACAACUGUGGAAUUGAUUGAUAAUGAUAUAAAUUUUUGCAUUAUAUCGGCUUUUACAGAAUCUAAGAAUUUUACUGCCAUCGAUCUUAUAGUAUUAGGUGAAGUAGGGAGCCGGAAACCACUCUUUGAAAACAAAUACCGCAAAUCUGAAGAUGUGCAAAAACUAUUAAAUGUAAAGCCAUCUUUAGCAACCAUGCGCGAUACCAUUUUUUCCAUAGAAAGUGGUUGUAGUGUGAACGAAGACUCAGUGCGUACUUGUAUAAAAUACGCAAUCCAUCGUGCUGAAGAACUUGAUAGUUUAAUUCAUGAAGCUAGUGAAUGUAUUGAUAGGUCAAUAUAA